AUGGCAUCGCCUCAGGCCGCACACUUCAACACGGUGGAGCUGGGGACAGUCUCAUUAGCCCAACGGGAACGUGCAGAGGUGCCUUUUCAAGAUGCGAGGCCAGCACGUAAGAGACGGCAAGCACUUCACCGAGGAUUACGCAUAUCUAUUGCGACACUUGUUGGACUUGCUGCAGUAUUGCUCAUCCUCACAUGUGUUCACCGCAUCGGCUUGCGUCGAGUUGCUGGCCGACAUGCCUGGCGGAGGCUUGCGAACUCUUCUCCGGGAGACAACCCCUCAGGAGAUGGCGAGCAGCAAAAUAAUGACGAAUGCGAACCAAUGCAAGAAGGAGAACCUAAGGAAGCCCCAAGUACGGAAGAGACUGGACAAGAAGCAGGCAGCGGGCCUCUGUUGGGGGAAGAAUCACCCCAUGAAGAGGCUCCGUUAGGAACUGAGGGAGCUCAGCAGGAGGAACUCCCAGCAAGUGAGCCCAUGGAUUCAUCUUUGCCUGAGCCAGGGGCUGGCGCUGCAGCUCCUGCGCCAUCGACUUCCUCGGAAGUCCAGGCCCCACCAUCUCCUCCACGAAAACGGAAAGCAAAAACAAAGCAUUUAGAGACGAGCAGCUUUAGACCUGGAAGCCCUUCGAGUUCAAUGCCAGAAAGUGUUGCAGGGUGCUUACUUGGAGCUGAGUACUUUGACAGCCUUGCGCAUGAUAUGUCAAAUGGGAAUCAGGCACAUGCGAAAAUUGGCAAGCUUGAAGCAAUACAGCAGGCUGCAGAUAACGCUCUGAGCUGCGCUGAAAAUGCAGAAGGAACAGUUAGUCAAGAGAUUAUGAACUCACACAUCGUGUUCCUGGGCCUACUUUCUAACAUGUUUGAGGAUGAAAUGACGAGGACGAGAAUUUUACUGACUGAGACCGAUUUAGGCCUGGACAGCAGUACGCUUCAAAGUGUUAUGGACAAUUUAAACCAGGCCGAGGAUGAAAUGCGUGCUAUAAAUGACUUUAUUACAAGCCGUUCUCCAGCUACUGAAGGCCUAUCUCCAGCAGGACAGGACAACGCAGCUAUGAGCGCCAUUGCCUUUCAUGCAGCCUCUCUGGAGUUGGGGCUAAACAGCCUGGAAGCUCUCACAGACGCGUAUGAGGAAAGCAGGACAGAAGAAUCACGGGAAAGGCUUGACGAAUUUAUAGGCAUCGUAGGCUCCUUUGGAGGGGGAUUGCGCGUUUUGCUGGAGUGGAUGGGAAACGCUGGUCUGGAGGGUCCCCGGCAAGUGUUACUCACUUACGAGAGGAUGUUAGAAAACUCCCUCACUGUUGCUAGAGAGAGGCUUAACACUACAUAUACGAGCCCGAAUGUGUCGCCUAUUGUUUCACCAGUGAGGCCUAUGUCGCCCGUGAUUCCAUUUGAAACCCUGUCAGGCUUCACUGUCAUUUCGCCGGCUGGACUUCUACAGCAAGCAAGUGUGGGAUUAAGAAGCAUGAUGCGUCAACACAGGAGUUCCCCGACCGCUGCGUCACAUGCUCAAAUAACGUCGCAGAUAAAUCUUUCUCAAGUCCUAAUUAGCGACGCCCAGCAACAAGUUUCUGAAGGGCAUAUUCCAGAUCACGUAGUGCCCGAAGUCAUCGGAUGUAUCUGUGAACUCACUGAUACUAUUAAGGAAGCUCAAGAAAUGUUGGAUAGAUCUUAA